AUGUCACAAAUGGCAGUUGGUCUAGCAAAUGGUACUGUCUUAUUAUAUAGGCUAGAUCUCAUCAAAGAUAGAACUCCCAAACCAAAGGUCAUUUAUGAAGGACAGGAACCGAUCACAGGUCUUGGAUUUAGAGAACAAACUAAAUCAACUAUUCUUUUUAUGGUCACAACAACAAGUGUCAUGUCUUACAAUACAACUGCAAGCAAACCUACCGCUGUGACAUUGGAUGAACAAGGAUGUGGAUUGGGAUGUGCAGUGAUGACUGAUACUCAAGAUAUGGUGGUUGGAAGAGAUGAGGCUGUCUAUUUAUAUGAUCCAACUGGAAGAGGACCUUGUUUUGCAUAUGAUACACCAAAAUCAUAUUUGACUUGGUUCAAAUCACACUAUCUCAUGAUUAUUUCUCCACCAGUAACAACAUCAACUCAACUUUCAACACCAUCUCGUACAUCUAUUGGUGUCAAUACAAAUCGAAAUAGUGGAACGAAUGAUCUGACCAAGGUGACAAUAUUCGAUACUGCCAAUAAAUUUGUAGCUUAUGUGGGAACGUUUACUGGAGGUAUUCGUGGUGUAUUCUGUGAAUGGAACUCUCUUUGGGUAGUUGGAUUGGAUGGAAAGUUAUACCGCCUGGAUGAAAAGGAUACCCCAACCAAACUUGAAAUUCUAUUCAAAUUGAAUCUUUAUGUUUUGGCAAUCAAUCUCGCACAUAUGCAGAAAUACGAUGAUGCAAGUAUUGCAGAUAUUUUCAAGAAAUAUGGUGAUCAUUUAUACUCACGCGCAAACUAUGAUGGAGCAAUCGAUCAGUAUAUCAGAACCAUUGGUCAAUUGGAGCCUUCUUAUGUGAUUCGAAAAUUUUUAGAUGCUCAACGUAUUUAUAACUUGACUAACUAUCUCCAAGAACUUCAUGCCAAAGGACUUGCCAAUGCUGAUCAUACUACUCUGUUAUUGAAUUGCUACACAAAAUUGAAGGAUGUCUCUCGAUUGGAUCAAUUCAUCAAGACGGAUGCUGAUUUGAACUUUGAUUUGGAAACUGCUAUCAAUGUAUGUCGUCAAGCUGGUUACUAUGAACAUGCUGUUUACCUUGCCAAAAAAUUCCAUGAACAUGAUUUAUACCUUGAUAUUGUCAUUGAAGAUAUGAGGGAUUAUGAUACAGCACUUCAUUAUAUCAGACAUUUGGGUCCUCACGAGGCUGACAAGAAUCUCCAAAAAUACAGCAAGACGUUACUCAGUCAUCAACCUGAUCAAACUACCCAAUUACUUGUCGAACUAUGCACUGGGACUUUACCAUUGGCAUCUGCACCAUCUACUACACCAAAUGGUCGAUCUAUCUCACCUAUUGGCACUUCAUCCACCAAAUCACCAACUCCAUCCGUUAAAAACAGUAAUGCACUAGCACACUUACCCUUUGCCGAAGGUUCUCCAGCAAUGGCAUCACCUCGUCAGCAUCAUCAACGGACCAGUAGUGGACUACAAUCGGGACUUAGUUAUAAUCCUCCUUCACCUCGUACCUUCAUGCCAUCAUUUGUGGAUAGACCUGAUUGUCUUGCUGUUUUUCUGGAACGAAUAUUAGAAACUCGAUGGGGUGGAAUCAAUACUCAUCAUCAUCAGCAGCAACGGUCGCAUGAACGAUCAUCCAGCGAUGAUAUAACCAAGACAACAGCAAAUGGACUUGGAUCUACCUUAUCUCAGCAUGUACAAGAAGAACGAAAAGCGAUCUGGAAUACGUUACUGGAAUUGUAUCUGAUGGAUGAACAGCCACAUCCAACAACUUCGACAAGUCCUGUUAGUUCACCUCGACCUAAGCAUGCACAGUUAGAACAACUCAAACGAUCCAAGGAGUUCAAGCUCAAGGCAUUGGCUUUACUCAAGGAUGAAACAGUACAAUAUGAUACCAAUCAAGCUCUAGUCUUAUGUCAACUGAAAAAAUUUGAUGAAGGAAUUGUUUAUCUAUAUGAAAAGACGGAGAUGUAUACUGAUAUACUUCGAUUCUGGAUGGAAAAGCAAGAAACUGAUAGAGUCAUUGAAGGUGUACGCAAAUAUGGACCCAAGGAUCCUUCAUUGUAUCCAAUGGUGCUCACAUACUUUUCAUCUACUCCUGAAAUUCUAUCAAAAUCAACAUCAGAACUUCUUUCUGUCUUACGCCAUAUCGAUGAACAAGACCUUUUGCCCCCAAUUCAAGUCAUUCAAGCCCUGUCUCGUAGUAACGUUGCUACCAUUGGAUUAUUGAAAAGCUAUAUUGGACGAAAAAUCCAAAAUGAACGCAAAGAAUUACAACAGAACAAAGAACUAAUCCAGAGUUACCGUGAAGAAACUGAAAAGCGACGCAAGGAAAUCGAAGAAUUGAAAACUAGGUAA